AUGGAGAAUGUAUCAGCAGUGACGUCCUUCAUAUUGACGGCAUACACUGAACUGGAAGAUCACAGAUAUUUAUACUUCAUAUGUUUUCUUCUUUUAUACAUUAUGAUUAUAGUGGCCAAUGCAGUACUAAUAACAGUAAUAUACAUUGAGAGAGGUCUGCAUGAACCCAUGUACUUGUUUAUAUGUAGCUUAGCUGUGAAUGGAAUAUUUGGGAGCACAUCUUUAUUACCAUCUAUGCUUGUCUUUUUGUUGUCUCAUAGUUAUGAAAUAUCUCUGACCCAAUGUCUGUUACAGAUAUAUUGUUUACAUUCAUAUGUUUACGUUGAAUUUACUAUUUUAGCAGUGAUGAGCUAUGACCGGUAUGCUGCUAUUUGUCACCCAUUACACUAUCACCUCCUCAUGUCUCCUAAGAAGCUAUAUGCAGCUAUUACAUUAUCCUGGGUGAUUCCCUUCAUUUACUUUGCCCUUUUUUUCAUAAUGACUGUUCAGCUGACAUUUUGUGGCAAGAUUAUUGAAAAAGUGUAUUGUGCCAAUUUUCCUUUAGUUAAACUGUCUUGUUUUGAUACGAAUGUUCAGAAUAUUCUUGGACUGGCAUUAACUUUUGUCUCACCUUUAACUCAGAUCCUCAUGAUACUGUUUUCCUAUGGACAAAUAUUCAGAAUCUGCCUAUUUGCUUCUAAGGAAUCUCAAACCAAAGCUAUUCGAACAUGCACCCCACACUUACUAACUCUGAUUAACUUUUCUGUGGGAAUCUUAUUUGAGGUCAUCCAGAGUCGUUUCAACAUGAGUCACGUACCUCAUAAAGCUCGCAUAUUCCUAUCUGUACACAUGGUCAUAUUUCCCCCAUUGUUCAAUCCUGUCAUUUAUGGGAUGAGCAUUCAAGCCAUUAAAGAUCAGAUUUUUAGAUGGUUUAGCAGUAAAAAAAUAAGUGAACCCCACCCAAUGUGAUUAUUAAUGUAAUUUACAUUUUGUUCGUAACGCUGUACCCUGUAUCACUUGGGUUGCCAGA